AUGACUGACAUUAUCUGCCUUGCAGGAGCAGAGCGAGAGAUGAAAGUAUGCCAUACCCAGCCUCAUCUGGUUCCCCCGAUGAAGCUGGCCGACGACCCGCCCAGCUCGUCUAUGCCAUCCUGGGUUGUCGACGGCCGUAAUCUCGCCUCGCGGGCAUCUAGCCGGGCUAGCAUGUCUUUCAGGAGGAAGUCAAUGGCCACGACGUCUUUGAGAAUCAGUGCCCCGUCCGAGUUUCGACGAGUUCCCACGUUCUACAUGACGCCGGAGAGGGCCUCCUUCCAUCCCCUCGAGCUCUCUUUGGGACAUUUACCGGAGCUUCCUAACUUCGAGGAAUUCCGUCUGGAGGACGAUAAUUCCCAGCCUCCUGCUCCUGUGUCUCGGCCUCCCAGGGCUGAGCUCUCACGGCACUCGCGCUCUCGGUCCCAUCGUCCGUCAUCGUCCUUUCACCUACAGCGCAAGCCUGUCGGGUCUGGAUCCCUUCGUUCAUCGCUGGCGACUUUCGAUCAUCUUGUCGAGAUGCCUCCUCCCGUUCCUUCCAAUACUCAUGCACCCCAAUUAUCUUCUUCUUCCACAGUCACUGGCCUGACUUCAAACGUUUUUGCACCCACGCAGCAGUUGGACCCGACUCCGCCGGUAAAGGAGGAGUCUAUUAGGGACCCUCCAAGCGAACCCCCCAGCGUCCCUAGAACGCCCACCCUGCAGGACAGGCCAUUAACCUCGUUUCUCGAUGAUUCCUCCUCCGCACCGUCAACGCCCAGGGAGGCCCAUCCCCCAAGGACCCCGUCGGAGACCAUGACCAGCCCUAACAUCAACGUCACGAUUACCCCACCGCGCUCCAGCCGCGUCACCCAAUGGCUCCUGCAGACCAGUAAUAAGAGCAUGUUUUCGCCCUCGGGAUCCAUCUCCAACUGGAAGCCCACCCCGGACAAAAAUCCCUUCCGUCUGCGCUCCCGCACCCUCAGCGGCUCGACCGUAGCAUCUUCCAUCAGCAGCCUCACCGGCAGCUUGGGAUUCAAAACCACCACCCCUUCGGAAUCCGAUAACAUCACCGCCACCACCAUCCGGCCAUCGAACACGGAUUCUCGUCUCGAAAAGGAGUUAGAAUUCCCUCUCCCCCGGGCAAACAUAGACCAAAACCAGAAUCACUACCACGAUUACAACGCCCACCCGACCAUCCACGAAAGCCAAGGUCCGCAACAAGACAACGGGGAAAACUACCCAUACAACUACUAUGAAAAUUAUCGCCACUCAGCCGUCGGCCUGGCAUUCUAA